AACAGAUGGGAGAACUUUCGCAGUGUCGGCUGAAGCCAGCUGACUGGAAGGGCGUUUAGUCGUACAAUUUGAAACUUUUACGUGGCUUCUGUGCACAUCGAGUGGAGUUUUACUUUUCAAGUGUCACCAGGUAGUCAAAGGGAGGUCCAACUCUGGGUAGGCCUACUUCCUCAGUGGACCAUGCAUGUGAUUUGUCUUGCCCUGCUGAUCCUCUACCAAGUACCAGAGGGAAGUGCAGAGCCCAUUAGUUGCUAUGAUGACUUAGGGAAAGCUGUGGACUGGUAUUAUCUCUACAAACUACCACACCAUGAAUCCCGUUUUGAUGGGUUGAAGUACCUUUUCAUGGACAAAGCCACCGAGGGGUGGGCGGACGGUAGAGUGCUGGUGAAUGACAGUGCUGGGGCCUUGGGAAGGACAGUUGGGCAAUUGUACCAGAGCACUGAAGUGGGCUACAUACUGUACAAUGACCAGCCACCUACAUCAACUUUCGAGGCACGAAGAACUGGGAAUGUGGGAAGGAGUGGGGGUCACACUAAAGGAGUUGUGGUUUUUGACAAGAAGCAAGGGUAUUGGUUGGUUCACAGCACGCCACACUUCCCACCACCCCAGGACGCCGGAGUAUUCUCAUACCCAGACACGGGCGUUGUAAAUGGGCAGAACUUCAUCUGUGUCACCUACCCCCUGGAUCACUUUCAGACUAUAGGUGAGCAGCUACAGAUCAAUCAGCCCCAUGUAUAUGGCUGCCAUAUUCCCGAUUCCCUCGCCCCGUCAGUGCAGUCCAUGGCCAAGCUGUGCAAACACAACCAGGGACAGGGGGAGAGAGGAAACGUCAGUCUCGUACACCAGGUUACCAAAAUAACCAAUCGCAGUGUGGAGCUCACAUCACUGGGUGGGACCACCUUUGUCAAUUUUGCCAAGGGAGCAACAUUUGCAAAUGACCUCUACCACUCCUGGGUGGCUCCUGCCCUUCAGUCGGACCUUCUGGUCCAGUUCUGGCAGCGCUCCACCGGGGUUCUGACCUCUGACUGCACGCAAGGCUGGAAGGUUCUGAACAUCCAGGAGAUUGGCCCCGGGCAGAGCUUCGAGUUCUCCUCCACAGACGACCACUCCAAGUGGGCUGUUAGCACCGCAGCUGCCUCGGGAAAAGCAGGCGGCUGGGUCUGCGUUGGGGACAUUAACCGCAACAAGGCAGAGGAGAGGAGAGGUGGAGGGACUGUGUGUCUCCAAGACCCCACCGUGUGGAAGGCCUACAGGGCCUCAGCUCUGAAAUGCAUCUCUUGUGACGGUGGUCAGUGUGACUGUCUUGCAACUGCUGGGAGAUAGCCCUGCAAGGUGUUGGGAAUGAUUGUCAGACUUAUUUGUCAGGGACUUUUAUGCACUGAUCUUAAGCACUUGUUGUCAGGGUUUUUAAAUACAUUUUUAGGUCAAACUAUUUUAUUAUCUUUAGGCAGAGCAGGACUUCAACUUGCAAUGGUUUGAAUGGUUAUUAAAUUAUGUGCAGGACACACAUGGUUGAAAAUAAAUAUUUCUGAUGUCUUUUGGA